AACUCUCUGAGUUCGAUCACUGGAUUGCUGAAUAAAACACUAAAAUUACUGGCAACACACUUGGUUUACUUUAUUUCCAACACUUUACUUCUAAAUGUACAUUAGACUGGCCGCAGCUUGUAUGGAGAAAAAUAAAAUUUGAAAAUCCAAAAGUUUUCGGGUCGUAAAACAUGAGGUUAGAUGCAAUAAAGAACGGUAUAUUUUUUCAGCCCGAUCCGAUGAUGUCUAACCGUGCCCAUUUGAUCCCAAAGUAUGGAAAAUUUGAAAAAAUCACAAUUUUUACUAAUUUUUUUUCGUUUCCAAUUUUUUGUUCGAAUCUUAUAUUUAUUGAUGUGAUGCGAUUUUAAUUAAUGAUCUUGUUUAUUUUAUUGCGGUAUGCCCCAAUUUAUAUUGCGAAAGCCACCUGACAAAAGGCGCUUUCAGCAUACAUAACUGGUUAGUGAUACGUGGAAAAUAUGUCACCGUCAGUUGAAUAAUAGAAAUUGUGUUUUAUGAACGGUGUUUUGAGCCAGCUGCUAAAUGAAAUAAUUAUUUUUAAAUUUUAUGCAAAGGUACUUUUUAAAUAAUUUUUCACACUUCACUAUAAAAAUAAAAAAAUUAAAAUUUGUUUCAUAAUCAACACUUUGGUGAUCACUAAACAGUUCAUCAACUGUUGUGUUCGCUGAAUACGCUAAAAGUUUUGAAUUUUUACUCGACAUUUGAACUAGUAGGCUUUGACAUUGCUUUCUUAUUCAGUGUGAAUUUUUUUCUCGAUAUUUGAAUUGGUAGGCUAUGGCAUUGCAUUUUUAUUCAGUUUCCGUUGUCUUAUGCGUUUAAUAGUACAAAAGUAAUUAGUUAGUAAAAAAAUGAGUUCAAAAUCAUUAUCAGGCAUUCCGAAAAAAAGAUUACGUUCUGAGCAAAAAAUAUUUCUUGUGGGUGAAUGUGAAAGUGUUAUUUUGGGGGCCAAGUUGCCAUCAAUGAAACAGGUGCUCCAAUUAUUGUUUUACAAAAUGAGGCACGAAAACUUGACUUUGGAAAGCAGUAUUAAAUACACGAUUGGUGCCACGAUUGAAUUUUGGGAAAAAGCUAAAAUUCCCACGGCGCAAGAAAAAAAUUGUAUUAAAAAACUUAAAAAUCUUUACGAGGAAUGGAGAAUUUUACAAAAACAUUCCAAGACUCCUAACGAGAAGUGUCGUAAAAGUGAAGCAGAGUUUAAGGAUAAAAUUGAAAUCUUCAUAUUUGACAUUGCAGCCAUGGAUGCCCUAGGUUUAAUGAAAAUGCAGGAAGAUAAAGACUUUCUUUUGCUCCAAAGAAAUAGAGGACGUCCAGGUAGUAUGUAUGGUGCCGAUACUGUACUCACAAGAAAAGAAAAACGCAAAGAGCAACGAAUGGAAGAAAAAAGAAAGCGCGUUGAAAAGCAUUUAGUUCAUACCAAUUAUGCUCUUGAAGUCUCUGAUACCGAGGAUGCUGAAAAGGAUAUUUCAGCUGGCGAAGAAAAUGCAGCAAAAGAUAUGAAUGAAGGCGAAGAUACAGACGGAAGUAACAUUAAUUUACUACCGAAAAAGGCAAAUCGAGGAAAAAUUAAUUUUAUUGAUGAUAGAAUGCUUGCAUGCAUGGACAAAUGUAACCUCUCAACAAGUGAUGCCAUGCAUUUGGUGAGUGCAACGGUUGCUGCCUUCAUAAAUACCAUGAAAAAUGUUCAUGGAACGCCGUCAAUAAAAAUGGAAGAUUUAAUUCCACUGCCCUGCAAAUUUCAAUUUUUCUGACGCGAAUAAGAUGUGAUCUAGUGUUUCCGAAGGGAAUUUUCGCGCUGAGCACGAAUCCGAGUUCACAAAUUUUCCAUCACGUCAGGUUUUCGAGAAAAAGGGGGUUGAAACCCCUAAAAAUAGCGUAUUUGGCCAUUUUUCAAAAAUUGUGGAGCAGAACCCUGACGUGCUACGAUCUUCGUUAUUGUCAGUAAUUGAAGGCUGCUGGGGAUACCAAAAAUUGAAAGUUCAACGGAAGAUGCAAUAGCUGCAGAAAUACAUAAUUUUUUGUGCAAGUGGAAGCUCGAUGAUUUAGUGGAAAUUGUAUCAUUUGAUACAACAGCUGCUAAUACGGGAGUUAAUAAUGGAACAGCGUUCUUGCUUGAAAAAAGGUUGGGCCGAAAUCUACUUUUCUUUCCCUGUCGUCACCAUGUUAGUGAGUUGCUAGUCAAAGCAGUGUUCGAACUAAAUUUUGGCAAAUCAUCAGCAUCGGAAGUUGCCUUAUUCAAUCGUUUCUCUAACAGCUGGAAAAACAUUAAUUCUAAGUCAUUCAAAAGUGGAAUAUCGGAAAAUGAAGUUCGGAAAGUCUUUACAAUAGCUGAAGUGGAAAUAUUUAAGAAUUUUUGUCUAACUGCAUUAAAUAGUCACCACACUCGUGCCGAUUAUAAAGAAUUACUACAACUAUCGUUGCUCUUUGUUGGGGAAGACGUACCAAAUUUUUCACAAGUACGGUCACCUGGUGCAACAUCACACGCAAGGUUCAUGUCGAAGUGCCUAUAUUGCUACAAAAUGUUUCUGUUUCGCGAGCAAUUCGUGUUAACGACUUCAGAGAUAAAGAGUCUAAGAAGCGUUUGUAUUUUUUUAACCUGCAUCUACGUUCCAUAUUGUUUUCGUUGUGUGGAUCCAAUAGUUGCUCCACAAAAUGACCUUAAGCUCAUUCAAGAUGUGGUUGUGUAUUUCGAUAAGAAUGUAUCCAAUGCCUUGUUACAUAAAAUUAAAAAUCAUUUAUGGUAUUUGUCGGAAGAGGCGGUUGGCCUUUCAUUUUUUGAUGAUCAAAUUCCUUCACAUAUUAAGCGAAAAAUGGUGGAAGCAAUUACUAGCGAUAACCAGAAGGAAGAUGCUGUUCCAAAGAGAGUUGUUGCAACAAUGUCAGAAAUAACGCUUUACGGCAGCAAGAAUAUAAAUGAUUUUAUUUCAUCAAGAACUAAAACAUUCUUUACCCGCUUAGGAAUUGAAACAAGUUUUUUGGAAUCAGAUCCUUCAACAUGGCAAGAAAGUGAAGACUAUAUAGCGGGAAAACGAAUUUGUCAGCAUUUGUCUGUAGUUAAUGACGCUGCAGAGAGAGCAUUGAAAUUGAUCACAGACUACAACAGAUCGCUUACUUAUAAUGAAGAAGAUAAACAGUACUUACUGCAAGUUGUUGAGCACUACAGGCAAUUGUAUCCAUCUUACUCCAAAACAUCUCUCAUUAAAUAGACAAUCUAAUUCUUUAAUUAAAAUUUUAUUAAAUUAUAAUAAAUUAUAUAAAUAAAGUUAAAUUAUAUAUAUAAUUUAAGUAUAUACAUAUUAAAUUAAAUUAAAUUAAAUUAUAUAAAUUGGAAACAAAAAAAAAUGUUGUAAAAAUUGUGAUUUUUUGAAAUUGUCCAUACUUUGGGAUCAAAUGGGCACGGUUAAGCAUCAUCGGAUCGGGUUAAAAAAUUACACAGUUUUUCAUUACUCCUAACCUCAUGUUUUAAGACCCGAAAAUUUAUGGAUUUCCACAAAAAAAAAAUUACGGCCAGUCUAAUGUACAUGUUGAGCUUAAGACUACAUCACUCUAAAACUUUUCCUUUAUUCGCUCACAAGUUUAAACUCCAACUGAAUGCCCUUAUAUAUAUGUGUUUAAUAACUAUCGUAAUUUCUAGAUCUAGCAGCUUGUAUCUUCUGACUCGUUAUGUUGUAGUAGCAGCUUACUAGUCACCUGUUGUGUUCGUGUAAUGCUGAAAACAGUGCACACCGCACGGAAUCCCUUACCGCAGUCCCUUACCGUGCAGAAAAACUCACCCCCGAGAACAACUGCGUUCUUUUAAUUACAUAUUUACACAAUACAUCGGUUUGUGUGUGUAUGUGUUUGGUUGUAUCUACACAAUAUUGCCAUUGAUAUUUUUGCUUACACACUUUUUUACACAUCCGCAUUAUCAGUUACAAUUUUUCAUUGUUUAAUAAACCAAAGCCAAAAACCAAGAAAUGCAAAUAGUUCAUUUAUCUAUAAUUAACAUUAUUUAACAGUAUUUUUAAGCUAUUUUAACAAAAAUUAUAAUUUUUCUAAGUUUAUUUUGUAAAUGAUUUCGAAAUGUACUGCUUGGCAACACUGUGUGGUGAGAGAGCAAUUAGCUGAGUCGGUAUUACGGGAUUUUUUUAAUAAUCGUGAAAUAAAAUCUACAGUACUACGAUACGGAAGGAAGGAACUUUUCGUUUACAUGGGGUUCUCAUUAGUUUGAUCGUAACAGCUGAGUCGGGAUUGCGUUUACGGUGUUCUCUGUUUUCAGCAUAACUCAUUUAACGGUAGACCCAGAAAGCUUGUACUGUCUCGCUAUCUGCAGUCGAUUCACGAAACUUCGUGAUGGUAACAAUAUAUUAGCGCUGUUAAAUUUUUAUUUUUUAUCACCGUUUCCAGCUGUGCGGAUUCCACAUUAAAAUCUAAGAAAAAACGUCCACUAGUACUUCUAAAGUCAAUUUGAAAGGAGCUAUCUUUAAUUAAUAUAUAAUUACUUAUAUGUACAUAGGUAUAUACCCCCUUGAUCAAAAAAUACGCAGAAUAUAUUCACAUCAAUUGCGAGUAUUUGAUCCGUCACUUGAAACAUUUCUCGAACUCUAUUUUCGGUAUAGCCAUCAGAACCGUUUUCGGUUUUUCCAUUACUUCCUUUUGACCACAAAUCCUUUCUUUUUUGGCGAAUUCCUUCACGGAACCGUCUUGUAUCUCCCAAAUAAUAGUCCGCCUGAACUGUCUCACCUUCUGGCAAAAAUUUCGUCGUGCACCGUUGAAUCCAUUUUUAACGCAAAAUUUAAUACAAUUUUGAGGGUGCAAAUCCAAAUCCACUUUUAAAACUAAAAAAAAAAACGGAAACAUGGUUAGAGGUAGAUUUGUUGGCAUAACUUUUCCUUUGCUGGAUAUAAAGCCGAGCCCGUCUCCCUACGUGUUGUUCCACAUAUAUAGUGCCACGCCGCCUCCGUACGGCCGAGGAUUUUCAUGAGCAGCUUUUUCAUGGCAGAAAUACUCUCGGAGGACUUCCAAUGCCUGCCGAGGGUCCACCGCUAUUAGAAAAAACUUUCUAUCACUUGGGAUGAUUAUGUGAGUGAGAAAUAUCAAGAAUCAGAGUUGGUGCUCUACUAUACUUUUUGCAUACAUGUGGUCGAAUUUUUCAUACCGAGCAUAUACUCAUCUUAAAAUUUCUUAGGUAUUAUUGGGUUGCUGUUGUUGUUACAGUAUAAACAAACCCCAUGCAUUUUUGGAAAUACUGCUGGAGUCCUUAGCCGAAUAUAAACCCAGGUGGUUCCGGCAACGUAACGUCGACUGUUGUGGUGUUACCGCGUUUUCAUAUCUACUUGUAAAUAUUUGGCUUAAUAAAAAGUUAAAAACAUUUUGUGAAAUAUUUUUGAUACCAUAUUUAUCUCUUUGUACACUUCUUCAUAGUAUAAUCUCUCUAAUAUUUAUUAAUUGUUUAUGGCACAAAAAUGAAAACCCUUCACUG